AUGUGGGUGGCAAGACACGAGGCAGAGGUAGGCCUUGAUUGCGAAACAAAGAUUUUGAUUCCUGAGCAUAUUUACAAAGUCGGUAGGAAAGAAGAUGUUGAUUUCAGGUUCACUUCACGAAAAUCGUCGCGAGAGCUACUUGAUGUGAUCAUAGGAUCUGCAGCAGAUGCCCUGGGUAAGAUUCCAUUACAUUUGUGUAUAUUGUCUCGAGCCAAAUCCAAGAUCAACGAAGAGGUAGUACGAUUGCAAAAGGAUGAAAAACCGAAAAAAUUGGACUUUACUCAAAGUUUGAGAAUAGUGAUUCAACCCGAGGCAGACUCAAACCCCGAUUACAAGGAUUACCCCUUGGUAAUUGAAUGGGUCGACUUUAAAUUAUAUGUGGAUACAAAGGAUGAAUUGAUUGACAAGUUAGCCGAGUUAAACAUUGGUAUCUCAGUCGUGACUGAUAUAAAUGAGGCAACUCACGUUUACACGAACAAAACGAGCUCCAACCUGAUUGCAUUUAAAAAAGCAGUAAUUAAAGGUUUACACAUAUUGAGCGAGAGUUGGUUAAAAACUUUACUAUCGAACCCCAACAAUGUAGACGCUUGGCUUGAACAUCACAAUUGCGAUACGAUACUAAAAAUUGAUAAUGACUCCUUGUCACGGAAGUCUCGUGUCCAUUUUUUACAAACCCAUCUAUUUUUAUCAUUUUACAAGAUUGAAUGGAUGGACACAGAGAUUGUGGAAAAAUCCGAGGAAGAAAUCAAGACAAGAGCAGGGGACAAUAAAUUUGUACUCAUAAACUCCCACGAUGUUUUUGGACUUAAUGCACUUAAUGAGGAUGAUUUAUUUCAACAGAUUUUGAGUAAUUCAUUAGACUCAAUACCAGUCAAUCAUAUUCCUCAGUUGAAACGAUCAGCCGCUUCAGCAAUUGGUCAACGCAAACGACGAAAGUAUGAAAAGGUAGACAAGUUGCAUUUUUUCUCCCUCAAUAAUAUACCAUCCUCAUCGAACAUUACCAAGGAACCACCAGGUACAAGUGCAGAUAAAGAUAAAUCCCAAACACAUCAAGACGAACCUGAACCUUUAGCUAACCUUGAGCUCGAAGGUCAAUUCACCAAAGAAACACAACUUGAACCACAAGACCUACCUGAAGUUAAUUUAAUAAGCUCCAUCAAUAAAGCUCAAGAAGAAGAAAAAGGAGAAGCAGAAAUUGAAGAAGAAAUUGAAGAAGAAGAUGAUGAUGAUGAAAAAGAAGAAGCAGUUGACAAUAAAGUGAGUAACAAUGAAACUUCACAAGAAGGUGAGGGUAUUUCUCCAGUGAAGCAACCAGUUGGAAUCAACCUUCGAAAGCGAAAAUACGAGUCAUUCACAUCCCAGCAGCCUCCAAAAAUUGCGAAAUUUAUUCCCAAAAUUUCGUUUAUCGACGCAGUUGUUCAAGCAAAAGAGGAGUCAACCAAGAGUUGGAACAAGGAGCUAGGAAUAGCAGAAAAACAAGGGGAGGAAAUAUCUCAAGAUUUGUCGAAUUUGGCAAUUGUUGAAAUUGUUGAUACUCCAUUAAGACGAAAACAGUAUCCAAACGUGGCAAUGGAUAUUAGUUGUGGAGAACGUAAGAACUUUAAAAAAUUUAAGAAAAAUAAACCCUUCAAAUUAGGAGUUGGCAAGAGACCAUAUAUUGAAAUGGUCAACGCAGAUACUUUGUGUUUUCCUGGAAGUAAACAAAAGAAAAAGGAUAGGAGAACAGUGGACUCUGAAUUCAAUGGAGCAAUAAGCGAGGUCAAAGGUUAUCGACCCUCUGUUUUGUUUGUGGAGGAUGAUGAUAGUGAAACUGAAGCUAUGCUGAUAUUCCAGAGUAUGAAAAGUCAGGAGAUUGUUAAUGAUAGCUCUUCCAGCACUCUACAAUUCAAAAACAACGAACAACAUAAGGCAAAUGGAGCUGAUAAAAGAAUGCAAUACUAUCAAGAUGAUGCAGAAAAAGAAGAAAAUGAGGACGAGGACGAGGACGAGGAAGAGGACGAUGAUUAUGGCCAGCCACGGUUUGGGUUCAGCAGGUAG